AUGAGCAUCAACCUGAACUCGAAGCUGGACGAGCUUCAGCGAAGCGAUCGACAGCUCGAGACGACGGUUGCGCUCUCUGAGAUCCGAAGUCAACUACAAGAGCUGACCAAGUCCGUUGAAUCCUGCCAGUCGGAGGUGAGUGAGGUGAAGAGGGAUAUGGUAGCCAUCAAGCAGGAAUUAGAUACGGUUCAGCAGGUGAAGGAGGAGAUAGAAGAGUUGAGAGAGUAUGUGGACAGAUUGGAGGAGCAGACCCACCGCAGGAAGUUGAGGCUCUUGGAGCAGGUUUGUAAUGCAUGA